AUGACUGUCACCGAAUUUGCGCUACUCAAGCUGAGCGACGCGUACGAGCCUCUAGAGCUGUACGAGCUGCUCAUGGAAUGCUUCGAAAUCCAAGAUACCUGGGUCCGCAAACACCAGCCUGAAUUGCGCGAUCCGCACAGCGAUGCAAACCUCAGCAGUGUCUACGUUGACAGGUCCAGCACACCACACACGUUGCUCAUCACUGCACAAUGGAGCUCGCCAGAGGCGCAUCACCAGUGGGUCGCUAGUGAGGAGAAUCAGAUGGGAUUUGCGGCAAUAAAGAAGUUUCUGGCAGAAGGCGAGGACAGCAUGGUGUUGUUCCACAUGGCACCCGCCGGUUUGCGCCAGAAGGGUGCGCCGCCAAAGUUUACGGGACAAGGGACAUUUGAGGUUGAGAGAAUCUUCAUCCGGGCAGAAGAGAGGCCCGCCGUGCAAGAAAAGUACCGGAAGUUGGAAGGGACGCUGCUGGAUCUCAAGAUUGAGGACCCGAUAUGGGCGGGAUGGCGCCUCGAAAAGGAAUCCCCCGAGACUGACGAGCUUGUGGUCUUCUACUCCCAGUCCCAGUCGCCCCUCGGCCGCACAGUCGAGAAGCUGGACGUUUCUCACAAGAAGCAGGUCCUGGUAUUUGAGCACAUCAUCGGUUGA